UAAAAUUUGAUGAUAUUUUGUAUCCUGUAGAAGGAACCGAGCCGCCGCACGACCCCACCAUCUCAGUAUCGCACUGGUCACUACUCGAACUCUUUGACCACCACCAUCCCAGUCAGCAGUCACAGGAAUUGCCGUGAAGCUUUAAGCAGCCAUUGAUGUGAAGAAACUAGCUCCUCCGCUCCUCUCAGCUAGCUCUCAACGCCUGAAGCUCUCAAAAACCAGGAUCUUUAAAUUGUAGAACACAAAGCUGAAAAUGAAGAUAGUUUCAGCAAAUACAAUCUCAACAAAGCCAAUUUCUCUCUCCAAAGCAACUGCCACUCUUUCGAUGUUUGUUUCCACUGAUACAGGUGCAUCACAAGCUAUUGGCGCAUACCUAGGACAGACUUUGUCAUCAUUCAAGGAGCUAAAGCAGCUCAAAACUCCUCGAUCAGAGAAGAAAGGAAAAAGGCAUGCAUCAGACAUUGUCAACAAUGGAGAGAUGACUGCCGGUGAAAACCCAACUCAGAGUGUAGAAGCAAUUCAAGAACUGCGUCAAGGAUCAGCACCCAUAAGGAAAAAAAAGAAGCAAAAAAGGCACACAUCAGAUAUUGUCAACAAUGGAGAAAUGACAACAGGUGAAAAUCCAACUCCAAGUGUAGAGCAACUCAAGAACUGAUUUGAGGAGCAGAACCCAAACAGAAAAACCAAAAAUGGAACACAUUAGACAUUGUCAAUAAUGGACAGAUGACCACAGGUGUAAACCCAACUCAAAGUGUAGAAGCAACUCAAACACUGAAUCAAUGAUUGGUAAGAAAAAACAUCUGAACUAAAUUAAUUUUUUCAUUAUUCAUCCUCUUAAGAUUUCUAUAUUUUGCCAUUUGUCUAGAAACUCAUGGAUGCUUAAAAAGUUUAUAAACGAGAAAAAGUUCUGAAUUUCCAAUUUGUCAUAGAUGUUUAACCAAGUUUUU